AUGGUUUGUCAAAUUUCGUUCAAUACUUCGUCAAAAUUCAAAUCCGGAGAUACGAGUCUCGAAGAUGUCCCUCGCAGCGGUCGGCCCACCGAGGUUGAUUCGAGUAAUAUCAAGGCUCUGAUUGAACAAGACCGCAAAUGUGGAUCAAGUUGCUAUGGUAGGAGUGGAAAACAAAAACCCUGGCCUGUGUAUUGCCUGAUGGCAUACACAUCAGCUAGGUCCUUGUCGGAAUGUGAAGCUUUAAUUCCAGCCACUGGAGAGAAUGCUGUCAUUGGAGUUGUCCAGCGGUGGCCCAUGACGGUUUUUGAAUGGCUACCGAUCAGCUGCAGUCAGCCAUUCUGA